AUUUGAUUCACCCCAACUAUUACAUCCCAACUUGAAAUUUCACCAUGGCUACCAAGUCUAUCGAGAGAGUCUGCAUUAUCGGUGCUACCGGUCGCAUUGGAGGGGCCUUUGCAGAGGCACUACUGAAGACUGGCAAGCACACAGUCACCGCCUUGACUCGUGCAGACAGCAAAGGUCAGCUUCCCGAGGGAAUCAAAGCCGUCAAGGUCGACUACGAUGACGAGGCAUCGAUAGUGGAGGCUCUGAAAGGCCAGCAAUUCCUCGUCAUUACCCUUUCAGUAACUGCUCCCCAAGAUCUCCAUGGCAGGAUUGUGGUCGCCGCAGCCAAAGCCGGCGUCCCCAUGGUCAUGCCAAAUGCCUAUGGGUAUCCCAUGGAUAGGAAGAACAUGGAUGCAGAGGAUACCUUUGCCGCCGGUCUUCUUUCUAAAAUUGAAGAAGCGGAAAGGCUUGGCCUGUCAACAUUCACCCUGUCCUGUGGUUUCUGGUACGAAUGGAGUCUGGCUCUCGGCGAACAGUGGUUUGGUUUCACCAUCAAGGACCAGAAGGUCACAAUGUUUGACGAUGGAAAGCGAGUCGUUACCGUUAGCACCUGGGAGCAGUGUGGUCGUGCCCUUGCCGGGUUUCUCAGUCUUCCGGAGUCUGGUGCCAGCCCUUGCGUUGGCGACUAUACGAACAGCAACAUCCUCAUCAACAGCUUCCAAGUGUCGCAACGUGACAUGCUCGACAGCCUGCACCGCGUUUUGGGAACCUCGGAUUCGGACUGGGACAUCACAUAUGAAUCCGUUGAAAAGCGUAUGCAAGAUGGUACAGAGGAGCUGAAGAAGGGGAUGAUGACGGGCUUCGCCAAGGUUCUCUAUGCACGGGGGUUUGACGCUGCUAACAAGAAUCGCGACUACGCAGCGACAAGUUCAAUGGCUAAUGGUAUUCUCGGGCUUCCAAAAGAAGACCUCGAUGAGGCGACGAAGAGGGCAGUGGACAUGGUGCGAAGUGGCUGGACUCCUUUUGCCUAGAAGUGCGAGGCAAAUGCUUCCCGGAGUUUGACGAUUCAAUAAUCGCCACUCUUCUAGAUCCGUGGGCUUAGUAGUUGAGAAUGCAUUUCUUAUCAUGGAGUCUAAUACAGGUCGCAUUAAAAAGAUCUAUUAUCCGUCCUGUCGGUCUUGAUCGCCUGCCACAGCUCUAUUCCAUU